AUGAGCGAAGGGUACGAGAGUUGUUCGAAAGUAUUGGAGCGAAGGUUUGAAGACGCUCGACCAACGGGAGAGGAAGGAAGAAAGGCGAGCUCGACUCCAGGUAUAGCUCUGAAUGGGCAUGUAGCCGUAGGCGGGAACUCUUCUUUUUAUCUUAUUCUUUGGUCAGGCAAGUCGGCUGGUAAUCCCAACCGAAUAAGCAAUCGAAAUCGCUACAAGCAACCUAUUUCAUACCCUUUUCGUCGUACUUCCUCUUCUCCUUCUCUUCUUUCUCUCCCUGCCGAGCUUGUUGGAGUGCCAUUGCCAAGAUCUAGUGUAAUUCCUUUUCCCCGGGAGCCAGUCGCACUAAUGCUAGUAUCAAUAGGAAGAUCUUUAUUGCUUAGGAGAUUUCUGGUUUUCUCCCCUGUAGUGUCAAAUGUUGUGACUGGCACUCUACCAAAUCCAUCAAUUCUUGGAUUGGUUGCUUCUGAGAGAGCUGCUCUUCCGACUGCUCGUAUUCAUCCCUUCCCCAUGAGGGCAAUCAGCCCCUUGCUUUCAUUUGAAUAUUGGCCCUCGCGCAUCACGGCUAGAUUUGAGUCACUCAUAGCUAGGGCUUUCUAUUUCAUCAGGACGGCUUCUCCUACUGAGCUCAUCGCCCCUUUCUAUCAGCUUCCGCUACCUGUCUGA